GCAACGCUUCCCAUUGACCAGGCAUCCCUUCCGGUAGAUGAGGUCAACUUUUCCCCAGAUCCGCCAUUUCAGUCCCGGAGUUUCUUGUUGCACAUUAGUUUAGAAUUCAUUCUUCAGUCAUCUCAACGUGUAAGCGUUGGAGUUUCUGAGGUGCGAACAGAAAGCCCGUCCACUUUAAAACGCCUCGACUGUAAUUAGACGUGGAAGUUUCAGAAAACUGCGCUUUGUUGUAGCGUUUUUUUUUGUUUUUUCUUGAUUCUCACGGGAAACGUUAAGUCAACCAAAGUUUGUGUAUGAGUCGCGGAUAGGGAGAGGCGACGGGGAAAGGCCUCAAGCCUCGGACGAGAUUCCACAGCCAUGGCCGGCAAUUUUGACGCCGAAGACCGCUCUAGCUGGUACUGGGGAAGGCUGAGCCGCCAGGAAGCCGUCUCCCUGCUCCAGGGGCAGCGGCACGGCGUUUUCCUGGUGAGAGACUCGAUCACCAGCCCCGGCGACUACGUGCUGUCCGUCUCCGAGAACUCCAAAGUCUCCCAUUAUAUAAUCAACAGCGUCAGUAACAACCGGCAGUCUGGCUCAGGUUUGGCUCCCCCUCGGUUUCGGAUCGGGGACCAGGAGUUCGAGGCGCUGCCAGCACUGCUGGAGUUUUAUAAGAUCCACUACCUGGACACCACCACACUCAUUGAGCCCAUAAACAAGGCCAAGCACACGGGCUUCAUCAGCAUCUCCUCUGGUGGCGCCCCGCCGCAGCCAGACGAGGCAGAGUUUGUCCGCGCGCUAUUUGACUUCCCUGGUAACGACGAGGAGGACCUCCCCUUCCGCAGGGGGGACAUCCUGCGGGUGCUGGAGAAGCCAGAAGACCAGUGGUGGAACGCAGCUAACCAGGAGGGCCGAGCCGGGAUGAUCCCGGUGCCCUACGUGGAGAAGUACCGGCCCUCUUCGCCCACCGCUGCCGGCCUGGGCCCCCCUCUUGUGGGGAGCGGACAGGGGGGUCCGGCGGGCGGCACAGACCCAACGGGGUCCCCUCAGCCCAACCCCGGGGACCCCGGCCAGUACGCUCAGCCUGUGGUCAACGCCCAGCUCCCUAACCUACAGAACGGGCCUGUCUAUGCGCGAGCCAUUCAGAAGAGGGUGCCCAACGCCUACGACAAGACGGCGCUCGCUCUGGAGGUGGGCGACAGGGUAAAAGUGACCAAGAUCAACGUGAACGGCCAGUGGGAGGGUGAGUGCAAAGGCAAACAGGGCCACUUUCCCUUCACCCACGUUCGACUGCUGGAACUAAACCAUCCGGACGACGAGAGCUGAGAGCCCCCCCCCCCUCACCUCCAGCACGUCUCCUUCUCUUUUGGUCCUCACGUGACGCUCUGAAAGAAAAGGAUUUAUACAAGCACACAAUAUAUGAACCUAUGAGCUCAAGCGUUACCACGGCAACACGAGACGGGCCUGCUGUCAUUUUGAAGAGUUUACACUACGGUCAGACUGAUACCGGUUCGCCUGGAUGAAGUUCUUUUCUCUCUGCUUAAAUAUUCUUCUGGAACUCUCAAUUAAACGUGGCUUGCAUUAAGAUGGAUGGCAGCAUUUAUUGGUUUAGUAUUUAUUCAUGCUACAUUUAUAGAGAUGCAGUCGUGUGAUGUCUGAACCAGAUGAGAAUGUUGAUUACCGGUUUCAUCUCAGCGUAGUCGCCACAACAGCAGUUUUAUUAGACGCAUGUAGUAAGUAGACCCUUUUUAGAGUUUUAGACACCUGACCUCUGUAAAGAAUGGCUGAAGAUUAGGAUUUAUGUCCCACUAUAUGUAUUUUAGCAAUUCAAUAAAAAAUUCCAUGAAACGUAACGACGAAACAACCCUCCCUGCUUAAUGAUACAGCAAAAGACUCUUUUUCGAUUACGACUUCCCACGGUCCAGUUGCAGUCAUUACCUAUAAUCCAGACCUGCCGUUGGGUAUCGAUUUCUCCUCGUUGGUCCAUGAAGCGCUGAUGAUGCAGACACCAGAACCGGCCAAUCAAUGAGUUCCCUGUCAGUCCACCGCGCUUCAUGUUGGCGGUCUAUGUGCUUGUCCCAGUUAGUGUGGGGGAGUCUUGUCUUGAUAGCAGCUGCUAGCCUGAAAAUAUUAAUCCUUUUUUUUUUUGUGAAUAAAAGACUAAAUGUCAGUUUUUAUCCAAAACGGGCAGCAUUUGGUGGCAGUAACCGGUAUCAGUUGAACCGUAGUUUACACACCUCCAAUCCAGUAUUUAAGUCAACACACACACACACAUACCAGAGUCGACCCACUCCUCCCCUCGUGUGUUAGCCGCUGCGUUUGAUUCACACAGCAGGGAAUGAUCGAUUGCACAUCGGAGACGAAACACUCGGCUCCUCUCUCUCAGAAUCAUGACUCGUGAGUUUCUGUGGGGCCAGACUGUGAAACGAGCAAAGACUUUUCCUGGAGACUCGGUCUUGUGGAGAAGACUCCUCCACGAACGUAUUAAAUCCCACGCUACACACAAAGUCCUUCCUUUUUUUUUUGUACCAAAAGUGGAAAAUAUUAUGAAAUGAUUGACUCUAUAUAAAUAUAUAUUUACACCUUACAUGCUAAAUACUGUCAUUUUUUUUAUUUUAAUUGUUUUUCUUUGUUACCAGCAAGACACUUAUUUGAUGUUUCUCUUUUGAAACACUAUUCAGCGCCGACAUUGAAACAAAAUAAGCGCCCUCCCCAGGGGGUUGGCGAGAUCCACUGAUGGCGUUUUAAAAGAUCAGAGGAGAAAGUUGAGGGAUUUUAUUUUCAUCUUUUAACGGGGUUUUGGGGAUGUUGAGAUAAAAGCCACCGUAAAAUACUAAAAUCCUCUAGCAUUGUCAUGUAUAACCUGUGAAACAAACCUGCCACACUGUCUUUUAUUUGGGCCAGGGUUCACACGUUACCUGUUUCUCAUCAGUCACAUGCUAUUAUUACAAACUGCUUUUUUUAUUUUUUGUUAUUGAACAUGUCCGUAUGAAAAUAAACCAUGAAAUGGGCCAAGA